GUCACAUUGAAUUUGUUCUGAAAACAGACUUGUGAGGAACUGCACGGGCAGCCUGGCAGAAGGAUAACAGCACUGCGUUCUGAUAACUCCAACAGGAACGCAACAAGGUGGGAAAAUGGUCCCGGUUCAGGCUGAUUCCAGUAGUUUUGUAAUUAUUUCUCGAGUAGGCCCACAAGAUAACUCCGCAGAUAUAACAGGUCUUAGUUCCAGAGGACCAAAAGAUUUACCAGUACCGAUCCAAAAAUUUUUGAAAGGGCAACCUACAGUUCUUGGGGUAAUUCAGCUAUUUACAGGAAUAACCCAAAUUGCAGCUGGCAUAGUUUUAUGCAUAGCAAUGGCAUCACGUUACCAUGUGAUUAGCGGCAGUGGUGUGCCAUUUUGGACAGGAGUCAUGUACAUGAUUUCAGGAGCACUUUCUGUGGCUGCUUCUAGCAAACCAACACUUGGAAAGAUGAAAUCCAGCAUGGCGCUAAACAUAGUGAGUUGUGUAUGUGCUGCUAUUGCAGUCAUUAUAUAUAUCGUCAUAAUACUCGAUAUCCGUUAUUACAGAGCUCACCAAGCCAUGUGUGUGUGUUAUGAGCUAAAUUCAACAUGUAAAGGAUCCUUUUAUCCACAGACUGUAAUAACUGGGAUGGUUGCAGUUCUUUUUAUUUUAACCAUUGUGGAGCUGUGUGUAAGUCUGUCGACAUCGAUUUUUGCAUGCAAAGGCCUAUGCCGAACAUCUUUUAAUGAAAUGACAGUGGUGGUAUAUCAGACUGCAACUAUGACCACAGACCAUUCUAGCACAGCUGCUGGUGACAUGAAACCUUCUCAAGAUGGAUGAAGUUUGAUCCAAAAAGCUUUCUGAAUGGGAUGGUGAUUACAAUGCAAAGAACCAGCGAUUUUGUUCUGGCAGAAAAGCCAUCAGGAUUUAGUUAUGAAACACAGAAUAUUGUAUAAACCUAAUAUGAGUGUUUCGCUGGUAAUGUAAAUGUAUACGUAUUGGCAUUCACUGGCAUAGGUUUAGCACUCUUUAUAUGAAGUAGCAGAAUGUACUCCAAAAGCAUCUUGAUCCUGUUUUUGAAAGAGAAAUGACUUGAUUGUUAACAUUCUUAACAGCCCCCCAACAGACACACUAUUAAAUGAAGGGUUUAGUAUUCAUAUAUGCUGCGCUGGUAGAAAGGUAGUAUGGCUGUAGGGCCCACAUUUGCUUAGUGAAUAACAAAGAGCUGUUUAUAGUAUAAUGGCCUUUAGUACAGGGGUCAUUCAUGGCUCUCUACGCAGGUUUUUUCUAUUAAAUAGCUGUUGCUGACAAGAAAUCUAGUUGCUAUUUGUAGGUGCUAUUCAGAGUAAAUAUAAUAUUUUGACAUUAGUGUCCAUUUAAGAGGAGAAGUUUACAGGGAUUCUGCCAUGGGACGUUUGCUUCUCACCCUCGUGAUACAGAAAAUAGUAAAGAAAUGGUCUCUUUUGCUGAAUACAGAAAUUUCCCCUCAGCUAGAUUUACAAAGUUGACUACAAAUCCAGACUAAAAAAACAAAUUCUGCAUUUUUUUAUACUUAAUGUCUGCCCACAAGUCUUUAUUUCUCUAUUGGAUAAAAGAAGAAUCUCCUUCUGUAAAGGAUAUUUUUGUCUGAUUUUGACUAUUCAUAUAACCUUGUACUGAGCAAUUACUCUUUGUACCAAAAGGAAAGAGAGUGUGAGUUGGAAAUGUAUGAUGUAUGAAAUUUUCAAUAAAAACAAUAAAAAAGAA